AUGCUGAUUCAAGAGGUAUGGCGAGCCAAACUAGAUUGGGAUGAAGAGCUGCCCGAACCUUUGAAAUGCCAAUUUCAAAAAUGGUGUCAAAGUUUGUCGAACCUAGCACGCAUCACAGUUCCGCGAUGCUUAGUAAAGGAAGAGCGCCCAACAACCCAGCAAGUGCACAUCUUUGCCGACGCCAGUCAACUAGGGUUUGGAGCAGUCGCAUAUGUGCGAACAACUUACGCGAGUGAAAGGGUCGGCGUAUCUUUCAUCAUGGCCAAAACGCACGUCGCGCCGUUAAAACAGCUUUCGAUCCCUCGGCUCGAACUUCAAGGAGCCGUCGAAGCUUUACACCUUGCCAUAAUAGGUUGCCGUGAGAUGAACCUGGAUCUGAGCCAAAUCACGUUUCAUCUCGACUCCCAGACAGUUCUUAGAUGGAUCCAUUCUGCCUACGUCAAAUACGAAGUGUUUGUGAGCAAUAGAAUUGGAAAGAUUCCAAUGAACACUGACUGUCGACAAUGGCGCCACGUUCCAGGAGCCAUUAACCCAGCAGACGUUUGCAGCAGAGGAUGA